GGCUCGGACUGCCCGCACUAUAUAUAUCUGACCCCUCUUACCCCAAUCCUUACGCGGUGUACACGUAUCUUUAGCGGAACGGGCGGAACCAAAAGCUUCGAUUCGACGGAAAGGCAGAGAGAGUUUGUUGGAUCUGAAGGUAACGGUAAAAGAAGCAAGGGUUGGUGGAGGUGAUUGAAAGCAUGGCACUAGUUUCAGGAGGAAGGUCAACAUUGAACCCCAACGCCCCUCUCUUCAUUCCUGCUGCAUUCCGGCAAGUGGAGGAUUUCUCUCCGGAAUGGUGGCAACUGGUCACAACCUCAACAUGGUACCAUGACUAUUGGCUCAGCCAACACCAGGGUGAGGAUGGUUUCUAUGAAAAUGCUGAGGAUGAUGACUUUGAUGUUGCUAAUUUGCUGCCAGAGACCUUUGAAUUUGAUGAUGAUGGAGAAGAUUUUUCAAACAUGGAAACUCAGUUUGAGGAGUUUCUCCAAUUUUCUGAAAACAAAGGUUUGGAAAUGGAUGCUGCGUCAGUGAUGAAGAAUCUGAAAUCUUUGGAGGAAAGUUAUUCCCCCAAGUCCCCAGUUGUACCUGCAAAAUAUGCAGAGAAGCCGGGAAAGAGCAUGAACCCAAAAUGCAGCCCCCGGCGCAUCCAGCAGCCCCGCUGAAGGGAGCAAAGCUUGCUUUGACUUUAGUUUAUAGCUUAUCUAGAAUCUCAGCAAAAAGUAACAUCUACCCUUUUUCUCUUUCUGCAACUUCUGUAUAGAGCAAGGUUGCGACUCUUGCAUCGAUCCUUGUUCAUUCUCGUGUAUUUGUUCAGUUUACAGUCAACUCAGCUUACCAAACCAAAAAAAAAUGUAAAAAUCUUCACUAGGAGAAAAAGAGGUUCUGUUUAUCAGGAAAUGGAAUUGUUCACUGCUCUUGCAUUGUGUUUAAAUUCUAAAGCUAAAGCUAUUUCAAAUCUUUCCAUAUUCA